AUGCCCGCGCCAGGGGAUGGCCUGGAGUCCCAGCCCUCAGGUGGGUGCGACGCGCCUCCGCGAGCUCUGCCGUGGGUCCCUUCCUCAGAACCCGUCUUGGGGACGCAGAAGCCAGGGGUCCGUCUCUUGGCUCGACAGCCGCCUGCUCUGGCAUCCCACCCCGACCCUCACCCCAGGGACCGAUCCUCGAUCGUCUUUAAAGCGGGGAUCCCGGAGAGUAGGGUGCCGGGCCUCCGAGACCCUCCUCCGUCGGACCCGCAGGCGCACCCUCCCUUCCCUCCUUCCCGGGCGCCCACCCCGCGGCCUCGAGCAGGCCCCCGCAGCCCCGAGCCCGCAGCGGGGCGCGCACCGCGGUCUCCCCCCAGCGGCCGCGCGAGUCGCGGCGGGAGCUGGGCGCGGGGGCGGCCGCCCGGCGCCGUGCAACCCGCGGCCCCGCCCCGCCGGCAGGGCCGCCCCUCCGCGCCCGCCGCGCCGCGCCGCGCUCGGCUCAGACGGAGCAGCCGCCUCUGCAAUGUCAGCAGCCGCGGCGGCGGCGGCGGGGACGCGAGCGGCGGCGGCCCGGGCUCCGCGGUAGCCGCCAGCGCAACGCCGCGCAGCACCGCACAGCCCGGCCCGCGCCCCGAGCGAGUCUGCGGCCGCCUCCCGGGCGCCCCGGUGCGGGACUCGGAGCCCGCCCGGCCGCGGCCGCGUACAAAGGACAGCGGACACCGGCGUCCGCGGGCUGCGUGCGCCCAGGGACCGGCUCGGGGCGGCCAGCGGCGCCGCGGAUCCUGCACGCGCCCCCGCCCGCCCGCCCGCCCGGAGCCGGAAUCGGAGCCGGAGCGGGUCGGGCCGGAGCGGACCCGUCCUCGGACCGCCGCAAGCGGCCGCCCGCGGAGCCCGCCGGCGCGCGCCUAA